AUGUACCCUUUAGAGCUGCAGUUUGCUCACGCCUCUCCUCUCUCUGCAGACACGGCACAGUUGGCCGAGGUGAUCCUGACCUCAGCUGUCAUCAGUGAGGCUGAAGGUCCUCCUGCCCCGUGGGUGGAGUUCUGCUCCUGUCCUGUGGGCUUCAUGGGGCAGUUCUGUGAGCAGUGUUCUAGAGGAUUCACCAGGGAACACCCGGGAAGAGGACCUCUCUCAGCAUGUGUCCCCUGCAACUGCCACCAGCACGGGACAUGUCACCCAGAGACCGGUAAGACCCUCACUGUCAAAUGCUUUUUUAUCUAA